AUGUUGCGAAAUAGAUCCGCAUUGAACAUGGCCGCACGUGCAAACCGCCUUGCAGCGCUCAAAUCGCCUGCUCUCAAUUUGGCCAAAGGAUUUGUGGUUUCGAAUAUGGCGCAUCUGAAAUUUCCUAUCAAAGCCGCCACAACAGUCCCCAUGCGUCAAUUCCACUCCAGUUCUCCCCGGUUUCUUCAAAUGAAACAGAAUGACGACGAUAAUGUUCCUGCACUCGAGAAGUAUGGCCAGGAUUUGACGGCUCUCGCCAAGGAAGGAAAGCUAGAUCCGGUCAUCGGAAGAGAUGAAGAAAUCAGAAGAACGAUCCAGAUUUUAUCGCGUAGAACUAAAAACAACCCCGUGCUCAUAGGUAAUGCUGGUACGGGUAAAACUGCCAUCAUGGAGGGGUUGGCACAGAGAAUCCUCAAGGGCGAGGUUCCGGAGUCUAUGAAGGAGAAGCAGAUCAUCACGCUAGACUUGGCGGGAAUCAUUUCCGGCUCCAAAUUCCGCGGUGACUUCGAAGAAAAGCUCAAAAAGAUCUUGACCGAGGUCGAAGAGAAGAAGGGUUCGGUCAUUCUCUUUGUAGAUGAACUCCAUUUGCUCAUGGGCUUGGGUAAAGCCGAAGGCUCAAUUGACGCUUCCAACUUGCUCAAACCUGCGCUUGCACGUGGAAAGCUUUCUUUGUGUGGAGCUACUACGAUCGAAGAGUAUAGAAAGUAUGUGGAGAAAGACGCUGCCUUGGCAAGACGUUUCUCUCCCGUCACUGUCAACGAGCCCACUGUUGAGGACACCAUCUCGAUUUUGAGAGGCUUGAAGGAGAAGUACGAAGUCCAUCAUGGUGUCCGUGUUACUGAUGGUGCAUUGGUCAGCGCAGCUUUGUAUUCCAACAGGUACAUCACUGACAGGUUCUUGCCCGACAAGGCCAUCGACUUAGUCGAUGAGGCUUGCUCGACUUUAAGGUUGCAACAUGAGUCCAAACCAGAUGCAAUUGCACAUUUGGACAGGAGAGUAAUGACAAUUCAGAUCGAGUUGGAAUCCCUCCGCAAGGAAGAGGACUCUUUGUCCGUGGACCGCAAAAAGAAGUUAGAGAAUGAGUUGGAGGUCACAGAAAAGGAAUUGAAGGAGUUGACCGAUCAGUGGGAUGCUGAGCGCGAGGCCAUUGAGACCAUUAAAAAAGCAACGGCCGACUUGGAGCAAGCGAAAUUUGACUUGGAGCAAGCUCAAAGAACUGGUGACUACGCUAAAGCAUCUGAAUUGCAAUAUUCUUCUAUCCCACUCUUGGAACAGCAAGCUAAAGAAUUGGUCAGUUCGGAGGAUGGUAUCAAGUCCACCAAUCUUUUGCACGACAAUGUCACCUCAGACGACAUUGCAGCUGUCAUUUCGAAAAUGACUGGUAUUCCUCUCAACAAUUUGAUGAAGGGUGAAAAGGAUAAAUUGCUUGACAUGGAGGUAAUUCUCAAGCAGCACGUUGUUGGUCAAGAUGAAGCCAUCCACGCAGUUUCAGAUGCUGUCAGAUUGCAAAGAGCUGGCCUCACAAGCGAUAAGCGCCCAAUUGCUUCGUUCAUGUUUUUGGGUCCUACUGGAACAGGUAAAACUGAGCUCACAAAGCAACUUGCCGAGUUUCUAUUCAACGACAAGUCCUCUGUCAUUCGUUUUGACAUGUCAGAGUUCCAGGAGAAGCACACUGUAUCCCGUUUGAUUGGUUCUCCUCCGGGCUAUGUUGGAUAUGAAGAUAGUGGAGAAUUGACAGAGGCAGUCAGAAGAAAGCCUUACUCUCUUGUUCUUUUCGAUGAAUUUGAAAAGGCUCAUCCUGAUGUAUCAAAGCUUCUUCUUCAAGUCCUCGAUGAAGGUUCUUUGACUGACUCCCAUGGCAAACACAUCGAUUUCCGCAACACCAUUAUCGUGAUGACAUCAAAUAUUGGACAGGAAAUCUUGCUUGCAGACAAAGAGGCAUCAGAUGAUGGCAAGAUCAAGGAUUCUGUGAAGGAUCUGGUGUUGGAAAACUUACGUGGUUACUAUCCUCCUGAAUUCUUGAACAGAUUGGACGAAGUCUUGGUGUUCAAUAGACUUUCUAAGAUCUCUCUUAGAAAUAUUUUGGACAUCCGUCUCCGCGAAAUUCAAGAUCGUUUGGAGGACAAAAGAAUCACUCUCCUCUUGUCAGAUGAAAGCAAAGACUUCUUAGCUGACAAAGGAUACGACCCAGUUUAUGGCGCUCGUCCACUCAACAGAGCUUUGCAGAAACUUGUUCUCAACCCAUUGGCCAUGCUUAUGAUCAAGGGCCAGGUCAAAGAAGGAGAAACUGUCAAUGUUUCUGUCAAGGAAAAUCAAUUGUACAUUCAACCUAAUCACACCGAAGAAGAGGCCAACAAAGGUGUCUGA